AGAACCUCUGCAGGCAAUCCCUCUCUUGCAGCUGAAAUAUUUGUGUUCGGGCAAAACAACUUCCAAACGCAGCAUCUUAACAAGGGAAAAGGGAUACCAAAAAAAAUGAGUCAUCAAAGUGUCUACCGCAGGAUGUUUGCAGAAAAACCCGCUAGAAGUUCGGUGACCCGUCGCUCCUAUACGGUUCGAUCGAAUGCGGGGCCCGGCAUGAUCAUCCCUUCUUCCUCCAGAGCUAAUUACUCGAUGAGGCCGAUCCAGGCUCGAACCGCCAGGUCCGUCAGGAGCAGUGCUCCAUCCGUGGCUAUGGGGAGCAAUGCUCUGAACUUUUCCUUAGUGGAUGCCUUGAACUCGGAGUUCAAGGUGAACCGCAGCAAUGAGAAGGCUGAGAUGAUUCAGCUGAACGACCGCCUGGCCAGCUUCCUGGAUAAGGUGAGGGGCCUGGAGCAGCAGAACAAGAUGCUCCUGGCUGAACUGGAGCAACUGAAGGGGAAGCGCCCAUCCAAGAUCGGGGACAUGUAUGAAGAGGAGUUGAGGGAGUUGCGCCUCCUGAUCGACCAGAUCAGCAACGACAAGUCCCGCGUAGAGAUGGAAAGGGAUAACCUGGCCGAUGAUCUUCAGAAGUUGAGAGAGAAGUUUCAAGAUGAAGUUAUUCAGCGCGAAGAUGCGGAAAACAACCUGGCAGCUUUCAGACAGGAUGUGGAUGAUGCCUGCUUGGCGCGCUUAGAUUUGGAGCGUAAAGUGGAGACACUACAAGAAGAAAUUAUGUUCCUGAAGAAACUUCAUGAAGAAGAAAUUCUAGAACUGCAAGCUCAAAUCCGAGAUUCGCACGUCAAGAUUGAGAUGGAUGUGGUCAGACCUGAUUUGACUGCAGCACUCCAUGAAGUGCGUUCUCAGUUUGAUAAACUUGCUAAUAAGAACAUUGCUGAGACUGAGGAAUGGUAUAAAUCCAAGCUGUCUGACAUAAAUGAUACUGCUUCUCGCAACACUGAUGCUCUCCGCAUGGCAAAACAAGAAAAUAAUGAUUACCGCAGACAAGUCCAGUCACUGACCUGUGAAAUUGAUGCAAUGAAGGGAGCGAAUGAAUCCCUUGAGCGCCAGAUGCAGGAACUGGAAGAACGGUAUAGCAUGGAGCUCAAUAAUAGCCAGGACACCGUUGCCCAGCUCGAGGAUGAUACCGGUAAUUUGAAGGAUGAGAUGGCUCGUCAUUUGCAAGAAUAUCAGGAGCUAUUGACGAUUAAGAUGGCUCUUGAUAUUGAGAUUGCCACAUACAGGAAAUUGCUGGAAGGGGAAGAAAACAGGAUUUCAAUGCCUUUGCCCUCAUUCGGAUCUCUGAGCCUUGCUGAUGCCAUGUAUGAACAGCAGCCAUUUGAAAAUCGCACAUCAAAGAAGAAAAUUGUCAUUAAGACUGUUGAGACCAGUGGUGGAGAUGUAAUCAGUGAAACUACCCAGAAAAUUGAAGACUGAACAUGGUUAGCAGUCUGAAAAAUGCUCAAUAUGCACAUUGAAGCUGCAGCUAUUUCAAAAUAUAAGUGCUAGAUGAGAUUAUUGCUCCUCCUCUUAAUCCAGCAGAUUACUGUUGACCUUAUUGUGCCUUUCUGCAUCUAAUUGAAGAGUGCCAGAUUCAAUAAAGUUUUAUUGUAAGCUUUAUAGAAAAAGUAAAAAUACAGUAAAUGGCUUUACCGAAGUUAUAUUACCCUCUGUUUACGAAGAGAGUCACUAGUUUACAAUUGCACAGUGAUGAAUAGCAAUACUUCACCAGUUUUGAAUCUUUAUUUACAUUCAGUCACAAUUGCUUUGUAUCUUUCCCCAGUAAUUACCUGUAAGCGAGCUCUAUUAAAACAUUGACCAAAUCCUC